AUGGAUUUCGGAAACAUCCGAAAAAACAAAGGAUGCCACAGGGCUAUAGCAGGCCUAGACCGAACUGGGCAAGGGAAGGAAUCGUUCCCUUCUUCCACCAAGUGGAAGAGGAGAAGGAUUCCCCUUCCUUUGGCGCCUCCUCUCCUUGUCUCCUUCCCUGUAACCACCCUGCCUCACUCGGUCACUCCCCACGAACCCAGCCGCCUACGUCCCUCCCAUGCCUGCGCAGCCCUUGCCUCGCGCCGGCAAGCGCCAUACACCCUGCACGGCGGCCUCCUCCUUCCCCCGCGCUCCGGUCAAAUUCCUCCUCGCGCGCCGACCUCCUCCCAACCCCGCGCUCCGGCCGCCUUCCUCUCCGCGCUCCGGCUGCCUUCCUCCCCUGCCUCCGGUCGCCUUAUUCCCCGUGCUCCGGCCGCCUUCCUCCCUGCGCUCCGAUCUCCUCCCUUCCUCACCUCCGGCCGCCUCCCUCCCCGCGCUCCGGCCUCCUCCCUCCCCCGCCUCCGGUCACCUUCCUCCCCACGCUCCGGCCGACUUCCUCCCCGAGAUUUGUCCACCUUCACCCCCCGAGAUACCAGCGCCGCACCGCCGGCGCCCAACCCCUCCGUCUGCGAGCUAGGGGACUGGGACGCCCUCCUCGCCGCGGUGUCCCUGAUGGCCGUCAGCGGCGGAAGCGAGGAGGGGGUCCGUCGGGACCUUGUCGUGCUCGUCUCAGAUUACUGUCAAGUGCUAAUGGCAGUACGAUGGAUGAUAAACUACAGAAAUUAUUGGUGUGUGCGUGAUGGUCCAAAUGUUGUGAAUAAGAAGGAAUUUAAUUCUUCGCUAUUUGAAAGGAUCGAGAAAAGGUGUCUAGAAGGGGGUGAAUAGACUCUUAACAAGAAAAAGUUGUAGUUUUUAUUUUCUUCAAGUUAAGGUCCAGUUUUAGCAUAAGUUUAAACAUCCACAAUACAUAUCAAGCAAGUAUCACAAGAGUAUAUGAGCAGCGGAAAGUAAAGCAUGCAAUUUGCAAGAAUGUAAAGAGAUGGGAUUGGAGUGUGCAAA